GUGAUUUUCGUUUGAAGUGAGACGUUUGUGUUGUGUGCCGGUAGAGGAAGUGUGGGCAAAUUAUUGAUUUCAAAUUAACGAUACAAAAUCACUCGCAUUCCCCUGGCAACCUUUUGCUGCCCCCUAGAAGAGAAAAGAUCGAAAGAUAGAUUACCUCGAAUUAAGUUAAGUUGCAAUUAUCCAUUUCCAGAAACAAAAAGUAAAUCUGCCAAGGAACGUGCACAAAUGCUGUGGCUGGAAACCAUAAAACCAAUAAACUUCGCAAGAUGUCCUGUAGCCCUGAGGUAUUCCUUGGCAGGGAAUGCAUGCGUAACAAAUGAGAAGAGGCAUCAUACGGACUCUCACUAUAGCCAUAAGUAAUGAAAUUGUGUUAUUUUCUGUGAAUAGGUUUCGGGCCAAAGAAGGUUCUUAAGUUCUACUGGUCUCUGAGGUGGGACAAUAAGCAAUUUGGCGAGUGUUCCUCACAAAGGAAUAAACACUAGUAUCGAGAAUACCAAGGAUAAUACAGAAAACAAAAGAGAUAAUCUCUUAAAACAGAGAGGAAAACACUCACACACAGGCACAAGCACGAGCACAAACACAAAAAUAGAAACAAUGGAUGAGCAUCCUGUAAUUCGAGUGAAAGAAAAUGAAAUAUUGGAUGAACAAGAGUACGAUGUUCUUUAUGUGGCGCCCGUGGAAAUUGUGGUAUUGUUGUCGGUUUUCUAUGGCAGCAUAAGCCUGGUGGCCAUAAUUGGCAAUACUCUGGUCAUAUGGGUAGUGGCUACCACGCGACAAAUGCGUACCGUCACCAACAUGUACAUUGCCAAUUUGGCAUUUGCCGAUGUGAUCAUUGGUCUCUUUUGUAUACCUUUCCAGUUCCAGGCGGCCCUUUUGCAGCGUUGGACUUUGCCAUGGUUUAUGUGCGGAUUUUGCCCCUUUGUCCAGGCCGUAAGUGUAAACGUGUCGGUCUUUACCCUAACAGCCAUUGCCAUAGACCGCCAUCGGGCCAUUUUGAAUCCAUUGAGAGCCCGCCCCACAAAAUUUGCUUCAAAGUUUAUAAUUGCCAGCAUUUGGUUGGCAUCGGUGACCUUUGCUACUCCUUGUGCCAUUGCCUUUCGAGUGGAAUUGUUGCAUGAACGUCGAAAAGAUGAUAAUGAUACCAUCUAUAAUGUGACAACGCCGUUUUGCAACAACGUCAAUCUGUCCGAUAGCCAGCUGCAGACAUACCGCUACUCUUUGGUGUUCGUUCAGUACUUGGUUCCAUUUUGCGUCAUCAGCUUCGUUUACAUACAAAUGGCUGUUCGAUUGUGGGGAACUCGGGCACCAGGGAAUGCCCAGGAUUCGCGCGAUAUCACUUUACUGAAAAAUAAGAAAAAGGUUAUAAAAAUGCUGAUUAUUGUUGUUAUUGUCUUCGGAGUAUGCUGGCUGCCAUUGCAGUUGUACAACAUCCUCUACGUUACCAUACCGGAAAUAAAUGAGUAUCAAUUCAUUGGUAUUGUGUGGUUUAGCUGCGAUUGGUUGGCCAUGAGUAACAGCUGCUAUAAUCCAUUCAUAUAUGGCAUAUACAAUGAAAAAUUCAAACGUGAGUUCAACAAGAGAUUUCAAACAUGUCUUUGCCGUUUCCAGACCAGUGGCGAAAUGCAUGAGCGCACCAUGUCAAUGCAUACACGCGCCAGCUCGCUACGUUCCACAUACGGACCAACGCAGAUACGAUUGCGUAACAACGCAUUUAACGGCACCGCCAGUACCUACAACCGCCAGAGCUCCAAUGAGUGGAGCAACAAGAAACUCGACAACAUUGUUACCUACAGUGUGAACAGCAAUGGUGAGGAGACCCUAUUGAAUGGUUUCCAAGCCAACGGAACUGAGGUGCAUCAAAGCAACGACAUGGACAAAAUGGCAGGAAAUGCUGCCAGUCUGCACUGGCAACGUAACAACUUCAAGCCCCUGCAUCCUGAACUGCUCGAAUGCGACGACAAUGAGGACGAAGUGCUAAUGAGGGACAAGCACCCAUUAACGGAGCAAGAUAUCAAAGAUUUCGAAGGCAUUGAAGCGAACGGAAAUAAUCAAAGUUUGGAAAAUUCCAACACAACUGAAGCAAGCAAAACAACUACAACAUCGACUAAGCAAAACUAA